AAAGAAGAAAAGAAAAAAGGUGUCUGGAGAAAGAGAGAGAAAAAUUGAAAAAAAAAAAGUACGUUGACCUUGGAACACUGACGUCACGGCGAAUCUUAUGCAAAUCAAUCGGUGCUUUAGAUCACGACCACAUCGCAGUUUUUGACCACGUCUUCUUAUUUAUUAAGCAUAACCUAAUUGAAAAUGAAAUGCUAUUAAGUAAAUUUGGAUGUAGCGGUGCAUGUUAAAAAAAAAAAUCCCCUCCCUACUCAUCCUCCUCCUGUUGUGAUGGGUGUGUAAGCCCCUCCCCAGCUAGCAAAAAAAAAAGAAAAAAGGGGGAAGCUAUAUCUCCUUUUUGUUGCCCCCGAGCCCCUCGCGGCCAAAUGACGCACUACCAGUAGAGGAUAGAGGGAGCAAAAGAGAAGCAAGGGUGGAGAAAUAAGAAAAAAAAAAGCGAUGACGACGCCACCAAACAACCGAAAGUCUACUGCUACCCAACCCCCUCUUUUUUUACCCGUGUGUCUCAUGGCAGGGCAUAAAAUCCCCCUCGCAUCGAACAUUUCAACUCAGACAGUCGCCAACAAGCGUAGAGUGAACAUUAUCGCUAUCGAACCACACAGUUUCAAGCCUCUGUUCUUUCCCUCCGUUCGAUUCGCUCGUUUCCCGCGUGAACGUUUUUCUAUCUCCCGCCCCAAAUUUUUUUUGUCUUCUCCUCUCGCAUUCAAGUUCGACAGGAUUAUUCCAUGUGUACUUGUGUGACUGUGCAUUGAUUAUUCUAGGCGACAAAGUGUAAUGGUGAAAUCUUUUUUCGUACGGCAGAACUGAAAUUAGAUUUUCAAACAGACGUAAACAUUUCAGGAAAACGAAAGAAAAAAAACAAACAGACAAUUAUUGAAGAAACUCAUUUCUGCAUCAACAAAUGGUGCUCUCAGUGUUGUUGAACGCGGGUGCCGUCCCUCUAUCUUUCGACGAACAGAAUCAUUACCAUCCGACCACGUCCGUUGCAUCCAUUCCGUCCGCCGCCGGCCAUUAUUCGUCGUCAACUUCUUCUUCGCCAGCUAAUCCCGAAUACGUGCACUAUCUCGAAGAGUUGGUCGGUGAAUUGAGUGGAGUGUUUGCCACUUUUAUUCAUCAGAAUCCACCGCCUUCUUCACCAACGUCCCUUACCGACAUGUAUCACCAGAGGGCCAACACCUGCAGAUCUUCCCCAUCAGGAUUGUUACCAGACGUGAUUCCAAAACUUGGCGCAUCAGACAAGUGGAGCUGCUCAACACCUCCGUCGUCGGCUGAAGAUUUGCGGAUGCGGCGCGGAAUGGCGCCGAUGCGCUUCCGGCUGGACAGCGUCGGCUCUUCAGUGCCGUCUGCCACGUCGUCGGCCGUAUCGACGCCUACCAGCGCCACAUCAUUUUUCACGUCGUCUACUGCCACGUCACCUUUGGCCUUUGACCUCCUGCCAAGUCCGACGACCUCGUCGUCGACCGUCAGUUUCUUCGCCGAUUAUCCGCCGCUCUCGUCCGACAUGUCCGAACACCUCCAUCGGACCGAUCUCGACGCGUCGCUACCUGUCGACGCAACCGAUGCUGCCGACGCUUCGGCCGCUGAUUGGCGCCAAGUUGGCCGUGACCUGCGUGGCAUUGCCGACCAUUUCGCAUCUACCCGUCGAUCACAGAACUCUGCGACGGGAUGUCAGCAAUGGUCUCUGCUUUCUACAGUGCUGUCUAGCAGCUCUUUUAAAUCUGCCGGACCCCUGGUGUCUGCCUUGGCCGUCUACCUUUGGUGGAAGCUGGUCAGACGUCUGACUGCGUGAAUAGUCCAGUGGGUUCAACGAGCGUCGCACGGCCAAUUGUUUCCGGACCCGCUUUUGCUCCAUUGUCUUUCACGUCAACUGUGUGGAGUGAGAGGACCCUCCCCCCGCCUUUCCCGAUUCUGCCCCGUUUCUUGAUUUAUCUUUCCAUUUUUUUUUUCUUUUCGCUAGUGACUGUUUGAUUCAUUUCCCGCCGCCACCUACAGAAGUUCAACCGCUUUAGUUUUCUUUCUUUUUCGACUGAUUUAUUAUUUGUUCUGUCUCUAGCAUUCCCACUUUAACCAUCUUUACUGCGUGUAUUAAACAAAACAAAACAACUUAUUCCUCCCCUCUUUUUUUUUCGUGAAUUCACUAAUUUUUUUUUUCGUCUUCCAAGUCUUUGUUUAUUUUUUCUUACGCACAUCCCAAAGUUCUCGCGGAGUUUACGCAUCGACUCCCUUCGGCUUUUUCACGUCUGAUCUCACAGAAUAAUUCGAUUGAGAGAGAAGAGCGAUUUAUUAUAUGUAAAAUGUACACAACGAUCAGUAAGCAGAAAAAGAAAAGAAGAAAAAAAAUGGAAAAUUUCAAAAAAAAAAAAAAAAAAUUGUUUCACGAUUCAAUUGCCAGAAAUCAAUUUCACGAAUUUAGGUUAACAUUUCUCUUAUAUUCCCCCUCCCGAUUUUUUUGGUUUUUUUUUCUAGUCUUUUGAGUUUCGUUUAAUUUUGUUUUCUUUUUUCUUUCUAUUCUUUUUGCUUGUAAUAACACAUAACGAUUUGCAUAUCCAUCAUUUUUUUUUUCUUUCACACUCGUAUGGGUGUUGUUGGUUUCAAUUCUCUACCCAAUCUCAUUUUUUUUUUCGGAUCCACCACCAAUUUUUCAAAUCGGUUUUUUUGUUUUUGUUUUUCUCAUAUCUUUUUUUUUAAUAUCCAUUGAAAAUGAUCUCUUGACCUCUAAUCAAAAAAAAAAAAUAAUAAGGAAAAAACAGACAAUACGACCGACUUGUUUUCGUGUGUGUGUUACGUUGUUGGUUUUUUUUUCUUUUUGAAGAAAAAAAAUCAUUUUCUUUAUGAAGAGGUUGUGCGUGCGAGUUUUUUUUCUUUUUUGUUCUGCCGAUUGCGUGUGGUGUUUCUUCUCUCAUUCUCUCUCGUGUUUAUCCGUGUACAUAUUAUGAUAGCCCUUUUUUUUUUGUUUUGUUUUAUCGCUCAUCGUGUGUGUCUGUUUUGCCUCCCUCUUUCCAUCAAAUCUCGCCCACAACUCGGCAUUAUUGAAUCGCUACCGCCGAGUUGUGAGCGGCGUUUCAACAGGCUACCCGCCAGUCUUUCAAAAGUGGACAGAGUGUGAGAUCUAAACAAACAAAACUUGAAAAACAAAAAAGAAAAGGACAUAUUUCGCGUUUUAAAUAAUCGAAAAAUCGAUUGAAUCGAUCGUCUUAUUUUUUUCUUUUGAGUUUUGUUUACAUUUCAAGUUUCCCACCUGCUUCGUCUUUCUCCCAUUAGAUUUGUGCUCUAUUUGAACAGCAUAACCAUUUAUUGCGUUUUAUUUCAUACACAUAUGCAAAAGAGAGAAUUAAUUACGUCGAUGGGAGCAGCGACUGUGUCGCAUAAAUUACGACCAUCGCUCUUCAAUGUACAUUGAAAUACAAACGAAAACAAACAAAAA